AUGGUCUUCAGCUUCCGCAAGCGCAGCGACCAGGAUGAGAUCACUCCGUACGUCGUGGGUUACAAUGCGGAGACGACCGGGAUCGAGACGCUGAACACGCUCAAGUAUUGGGAACAGCAGCACAAGCUCGACCCGAACCUGCCACUCGAGGAUCUCAACGAGAUCGACGAUGUUCUGGCGCAAGGCGACUGCGAGAAGGGGGCUGAGGUCGAGGCGGCGCUGAUGGAGGACAACAGUCCGUACCCGGAAGUUCGCGCCACAGUCCGCAACUUCGAUGUGGAUCUGCCCGCCAACACGAUCCGUGCCUGGGUUAUUGGCAUGUUUCUGUGUACGCUAGGUUCGGCCAUCAACAUGCUGUUCAGUCUCAGGAACCCCAGCGUGGUAAUCACGACGUGGGUGAUUCAACUGAUCGCAUAUCCAAUCGGCAAAGGCUGGGAUUUGAUCUUCCCCGAUAAGGAAUUCAAACUGCUCGGAUGUAAAUUUAAUCUCAGACCCGGAAUGUUCAAUUUCAAAGAGCAUGUCGUGAUUGUAUGCAUGUCCAAUGCAGCCUACGGCGGAGGCGUCCUUUAUGCGACGGAUGCUCUACUGGCGCAGCAGAUAUACUAUGGACAGAAUUUCGGAUGGGCAUUCCAGCUCCUGUUUGGCAUUACGACGCUUUGCACGGGCUAUGGCAUGGCUGGGCUCGCCCGCCGAUUUCUCGUCUGGCCGGCCGCCAUGAUUUGGCCCUCGGAUCUUGUGAACACCUCGUUGUUCUACACACUCCACGAUCACUCUCGAUCAGAUCCCGAAAGGACCAACGGCUGGAGCAUUGGAAGAUACAAGUACUUUUUGAUUGUCAUGAGCUCCUCUUUUGUGUGGUAUUGGUUUCCAGGUUGGAUUUUCCAGGGUCUUUCUUAUUUCACUUUCGUAUGCUGGGCCGCACCAAACAAUGUGGUCGUCAACAAGAUCUUUGGCGGUCUACAUGGUUAUGGUAUCUUACCGACGAGUCUCGAUUGGACCGUUAUUGCAGGUUAUGCCGGAUCACCACUUAUACCGCCGUUUCAUGCCCUUGCCAGUACUGUUGCGGGUGUGGUCGUCUUCUUUAUCUGCGUCUCUAUGGGAAUUCAUUUUUCAGGUCAUUGGUAUGCCGACUACUUUACCGUCCAGUCAUCGGAGGCCUUUGAUAACACGGGGGAGGUUUACGACGUCACGAGAAUACUCAACGAGAACAUGAUGUUCGAUGAAGCAAAGUACGAGGCAUACUCGCCAUUAUAUCUCAGCACGCAAUUUGCAUUGGCGUAUGGACUAGCCUUUGCGGCUGUAGCUGCUAUCAUUGUUCACGUUGUUCUUUAUCAUGGCCACGAGAUCAGGGUGCAGUUCAAGCUAGCCCGCCAUCAAGAGGAUGAUGUGCACAUGCGAUUGAUGAAGAAGUACCGAGAUGCCGAGGAUUGGUGGUACGCAGCGUUAUUUGUCAUUAUGCUAGCGCUCUCCUUUGUCGUCUGCUGCGCAUGGCCGACCGGCUUCCCGUGGUGGGCUUUCAUCGUUUGCAUGAUCAUCCCAAUCGUCUGGACGAUUCCGAUUGGUAUCAUACAGGCGAUCACCAAUAUCCAGCUUGGAUUAAAUGUACUCACAGAAUAUGUUGUUGGAUAUAUGCUUCCAGGUCGACCUAUCGCUAUGAUGAUGUUUAAGAACUACGGGUACUUAGCGAUGUCGCAGGCAUUAUACUUUGCACAGGACCUCAAACUGGGUCAUUAUAUGAAAGUGCCGCCAAGAGUCAUGUUCUGGUCGCAGCUGGUGGCGUCCAUUUGGUCGGCAAUUGUGCAGAUUGCAGUCAUGAACUGGGCGCUAGGGAGCAUCUCACAAAUCUGUACCAACGAGCAGCCAAACUCAUAUACGUGUCCCGGAGGCAAGGUUUACUUCACUGCAUCCAUCAUUUGGGGUGCCAUAGGCCCAGCUCGAAUGUUCAGUGGCAAAGCGCUCUAUUCAAGUCUGCAGUGGUUCUGGCUCGUCGGUGCGAUCACACCCAUCAUUGCCUGGUUCUUUGCACGGCGCCACCCAAAGAGCAUAUUCCGCUACUUCAACGUGCCGCUCUUCUUCGGCGGUUCGGGCCUAAUACCACCCGCGCAGACGUACACGUAUCUGUGUUGGGGCUUCUACGGGACCAUCUUCAACUUCUGGAUCAAGCGCAGGUGGACGGGUUGGUGGAUGCACUACAACUACAUCACGAGCGCGGCCCUGGACUGCGGCCUAAUCAUCGCGACAAUUGUUAUUUUCUUCACUCUGUACUUGACGAAUGCGACGCCGCCGUCGUGGUUUGGGAAUGACACUGUGAAUAACACGCUGGAUCAGACAGGUUUGGCGAUCAAAACUUUCUUGGCUAAGGGAGAGAAGAUCGGGCCGACUAGCUGGCCAUAA